AUGAUGAUACUUUCACAUUUAGGUACUUUUGGCCACUUAUCUGUGGAGUACGUAAGGGACGGUACUGUAACCGAUAAAUGUGAUGUUUACUCAUUUGGUGUUGUUCUAUUACAAGUUAUGACCGGAAAAAUAAUUUAUGGAAAGGAUAAAGAUCAUUGUUUAGCAAAAGAACUGCUGGAGAAGUGUGUUGUUGAGGAGCUUAUUGAUCCGAAAAUCAAAGGAAAGAUAGCAGCAGAGUGUUGGCAAGUGUUUAUAGACAUCUUCUUAAGAUGCAUAAAGAGUGAAGCUGAUGAACGACCAACAAUGGGCGAAGUGGAGGUGGAACUUGAGCGUGCUCUAUUGUUGCAGCAACAAGCAGAUCUCACAAACAUUGAUAUGGAUUAUACCUUAUUGUCCAAAACCAUUAUUAUCCCAAAAUCAGAGAGACAAAUUAAUUAUUUCAUUGGCCAAAAACAAGAACAGGAAUCCAAUACAGUGACUUAG